GUACCCCAAGUGUUCACCUCUCUUCUGCUUCAUCUCGAUCUCCCCAUACUCAUCUUCCGUUUCAGCAUUCAAAUUAAGAUGGGGGCGUCUAUACUGGUCAUCACGGUAGACCUGAAAUGCUGCCGCUGCAGGGCGAAGAUCACCAAGGUCCUGGACUGCCUCAAAGCGGAGUACUGCAUCGAGAAGACGGAGUUCGAGGAAAAGGACGACAAGGUGAUCGUGCGCGGCAAGUUCGACGCCGGCUGCCUCCGCAACAAGAUCUGCUGCAAGGCCGGCGGCAAGGUCGUCAAGGACAUCAAGACCGUCGACGCUUGGCCGCCGCCCAAGGAGCAGGUGUGCAAGCUGGUGCCGUUCCCGGUGCCGUACCCAGCGCCGCCACCGCCGUCGUGCUGCCCGCCCAGUACCCAGCAGUGCUACCACUGCUGCCCCGAGCCGCCGCCGCCGCCGCCGAAGCCGAAGCCGUGCGAAUGCACCUACUGCGGCGGCCACGGCGGCGGCUGCAACAAACCUGCAGUCCCGCCGUGCGCCGGCGGGUGUUCGAUCAGCGAUGGCGGCGCCUGUGGCGCCAGCUGCAAACCGCCGCCGCCGCCGCCGCCGGCGAUCUGGCCGCCGCAGCCUAGCUUCUACUACUACCCGCCGCCGCCGUGUGGGGGCUACAAGUUCGCCUGCGAGGAGAACUCCGACGUGUGCGCCAUCAUGUGAGACGAAAUUAAUUGAGCUGCUGUUUGGUUUGACGUCGACGUACGGUGCUUCGCUCUUUGCCUCGGAAGUCGGGAUAAUAAUGACGUCAUCUGUGUAUAUACUUACGUGCGUAUUGCUAUACCUAUAAUUGUUGUUAUGUAAAAUUCAGUACUAGUCCAUAUGCUAUAUACAGUUCUAAAAAGAAAGACCCUACGUACUAUACAUAUAUAUGCUACUUCCUUCGUUUCACAAUGUAAGUCAUUUUAGCAUUUUCCAUAUUUAUAUUGAUGUUAAUGAAUCUAGAUAA